AUGGGUAACGCUGAUGAAUCUAUAUAUACAGUUAAUUUAAUUAAUAAUCAAACAACAACAAUACUGUUAGAUUUUUUGUUAUUAUUACUUCCACUAUCAACAUAUGAUGAUAGUCUAUUACUUGAUUCGUUAUUAAAUACAACUAUUAAACAAAAAUGUGAAGAUAAACAUUUACAUUCUUCACUUAUUCAAACAUCACUUGAAAAUUCAGAUAUUGAUUCAGGUUGGCGUUCAACUAGUUGUCUAAAUUUAUUAGAUUUAGCACUUAAACAGUUGUUUGAAAGUUUUCCUUUUUAUUUUUUAAUUAAUUAA